GUGUGUGUGUGUGUGUGUGUGUGUGCCAGGCACUAUAAAAGUAGCUCUCAGCGAAGGAGGGAGCAACAGGUGAACCAGGUGAAGCCUCCUCCUCAGAGCUCCGCUGCAGCCAUGGCUCCGAGAUCAAAAGUGGGGAGCGAUUCCUCCCCAGCUCUCGAUGACAACGCUCCGACUAAGGACAUCCCGCCCGCUUACUCCACCGUGGACCUGGUGAACGAGGAUCCAGAUGCCCAAGAUCCCUGGAAUCUCCCGGAGCUCAAGGACACGGGGGUCAAGUGGUCAGAGCUGGAUACAAAGGGGAAGAUCAUAAGCGUGCUGACCGGUUUUGUGAAGCUGAUUCUGCUGCUCGGACUCCUUUACAUGUUCAUUUGCUCGCUGGACGUUCUCAGCUCCGCUUUCCAGCUGGUCGGAGGCAAAGCGGCGGGUGACAUCUUCCAGGACAAUGUUGUGUUGUCCAACCCUGUGGCCGGCCUGGUGAUCGGGGUGUUAGUCACUGUGCUGGUGCAGAGCUCCAGCACCUCCUCCUCUAUUGUGGUCAGCAUGGUGUCCUCUGGACUGCUGGAUGUCCAGUCUGCGGUGCCGAUCAUCAUGGGAGCCAACAUUGGAACAUCCGUCACCAACACCAUCGUGGCCAUGAUGCAGGCAGGAGAUCGAAAUGAGUUCCGCAGGGCGUUUGCCGGUGCCACGGUCCACGACUUCUUCAACUGGCUCUCUGUGCUGAUUCUUCUCCCCCUGGAGGUCGCCACGGGUGUCCUGUACAAACUCACGCAGCUCAUCAUCGAUUCCUUCAAUCUCAAGGGCGGGGAGGACGCCCCCGACCUGCUCAACGUCAUCACGGACCCUCUCACCAACUCCAUCAUCGAGCUGGACAAAUCUGUGAUCACCGGCAUUGCCACCGGUGACGCCGCAGCCAGAAACAAGAGUCUGAUCAAGAUAUGGUGCAAGAAGGAGACCAACACGACUUUCUGGAAUGCGACAGUGGAGAGCUGCACUCCAGCAGGCGGCCUCUGCUGGCCAGAUGGAAACCUGACCUGGACCCAGAUGAUGAACUCGAGUUGGACCGAUUACCAAGAGAAAUGCAAACACCUCUUCGUCAACGUGAACUUGCCCGACCUGGCAGUGGGCCUCAUUCUCCUGGCCCUGUCGCUGCUCACCCUCUGCACCUGCCUCAUCCUCAUCGUCAAGCUGCUCAACUCCAUGCUGAAGGGGCAGGUGGCUGUGGUCAUCAAGAAGGUGCUCAACACAGACUUCCCCUUCCCCUUCGCGUGGGUCACUGGAUAUAUUGCAAUUUUGGUGGGAGCGGGGAUGACCUUCAUUGUCCAGAGCAGCUCCGUUUUCACCUCAGCUAUCACUCCUCUCGUUGGUAUCGGUGUCAUCAGCCUUGAGAGGGCCUAUCCUCUGACCCUGGGGUCAAAUCUUGGUACGACGACCACUGCUAUACUCGCUGCUAUGGCUAGUCCUGGAGAAACACUAGGCAACUCAUUGCAGAUUGCACUUUGCCAUUUCUUCUUCAACAUCUUCGGCAUCUUGCUGUGGUAUCCAAUCCCCUUCACGCGGGUGCCCAUCAGGUUGGCCAGAGGACUUGGGAACAUCACGGCGAAAUUCCGCUGGUUUGCCGGCCUCUACCUCUUCCUGUGCUUCCUGGUUUUCCCUCUGUCAGUGUUUGGCCUGUCGCUCGCUGGCUGGCAGGUCAUGGUGGGCGUUGGCGUGCCCAUCAUUGUGUUGAUUGUCUUCGUGAUCGUCGUCAACGUGAUGCAGUCUCGAUGCCCCCGCUACCUGCCCAACCUCCUGCGCGACUGGGACUUCUUGCCCCGGCCCCUGCACUCCAUGGAGCCGUGGGACCGCGUGGUGACCUCGACCUUCGGCUUCUGCGGCAAACACUGCUGCUGCUGCUGCAAGUGCUGCAAGUGCUGCAGCAGUGUCGAGGAUGAAAAGAUCAGAAAGAACAGCACCAAGAGUCUGGAGAUGUACGACAACCCCGCCAUGUCGACAGACGAGGACACAAAGGAGGCCGUUAAAGCAACACAUCUGUAAUAUCAUUAAGUUCAAUUUGUAUAUAAAUGCAGUAAUGUAUUUGUAACACACUUGUAACUGUUUAACACUCCUCAGGUUGUGGUAUGUGGAUGAUUCCCUUGUACUGGAUGAUAUAUUGCGCACUGCGGUUAACACUGUCAAUCACUCUCAUACAGGAGGACAUGGAGGGAAGUGUUGGACGUUAUUAUGAACCUGCUGUUUCUGGGCAUGUGACGUUUAUUCUAUGCUGUUUUAAAUUUAUUGUGGAGACUCACUGUCUGCUAUUACGUAACUAUGGGUGUUUCUGAAUGUCAUGACUUAUUUCUAUUUUUUUAUGAUAGGUGGUUUUAUGAUGGGCCCUUUGGUCUUUGAACAUCUAAACUCAAAUUGUCUAUUGUAGCGUUUAAAUUAUUUGUCCUCCUUCCAUUUUUAAGACUAUAAAAUAUUUGUAAAUAAAAGAAAUUGCUAUUUUUAAA